UGGACCAAUCCAGGGGGGUGGUGUUCAACUCCAUCCAAUGGCUGCUCAUGUUAUUCCCCGUCGGUGGUGGGAAGGGCAGCUGUUUGGGUUUCAUGUCACUAAGCACUCGUCCACGCUGUGGGUGCUGUAGUUUCAGCAGGGGCAGUGAUGGGGGGAAACAGCCCGAGUCACUUCUGUGAAGAAGAUGAAGGCGGAGGAAUUACUUUUCUGAAGGGCAUUCGGCUGUCAGACCGAGUCAUCAAGCGGAUGAAGCUGUCGCCAGAGGUCGUCUCGCCGCAUCUCGCUCAUGCAUCAAAACCAGUGGCUUCUCCAGAUCCCACCUCUUCUGUGGAACACUUGUCACCUCCUCCACCUACAGUUAUCGCAGCACCACCUCCUUCUCUUUCUCCUCCUUCUCAGGGAGCCACAGUUCCAACAGUGGAACCUGCUCCUGCUGUUAAGCUCAUCCCGCCUCCUCCUGUGCAGUUUCACUCCUUUCCUCCAGCCCCUCCAGAGCCUGCAGCUCAAACUCCAUCCACCCCUUCCCCAGGAGUCAAAGCACCUGUAGAGCCCCUUCCUCCACCCCCUGCUGAAGUCCCACCUUCUGCUGAAACCUUAAUCCUACCCACGUCUGUAGAGUCAUCCCAAGCAUCUCUGGCUCCACCUGAACCUUCAUCUCAAACACCCCCCACUAAUAUUGAGCCCGCUACUGUCACUCCAUCUGUUGAACCUCUAGAAUCUGUUACCCCAUCACCUCCACCAGUAGAAACAGUCCAACUUCCACCCACGGUUGAAUCUACUCCAUCUGGACCAGUGGAGGAAGUGAACCAGCGGUGUCAAGUGGAGGCACCAGUCGUGGUUCCAGCUAUUGAUCCAGAGCCUCCAUGUGCUCAAUCUCCACCUCCUCCAGAGGACGCUCUAGCACCUCCAAUGCUCUCUUUUGAAGAAACAUCUCCAUCUUGUCACUGUGUGGAGCAAGCUGUUGCCCCAACUCACCCACCUCUAGCUCCACUGCCACCAACCGAGGAGUCCCCCAAGAACCCAUCUGUGCCUCCUUUUGAUGAGAAGGAAGUACCUGUUGUCACAACACCACCUCCACCUGUGACAGUGUCGGAAGACGAGUUGAGGCAGAAGCUCAAAGAGGAGAUACAGAGAAGUCUGAAGGAGGAGAUCGACCAGAAGAGGCAGGAGCUACAGAGGCAGUUGGAGGAGAUGAGGGUGCAGGUUCGAGCUGAGGCGAGGGCAGCAGCUCGGGCUCGGGUGGAGGAGCAGGUGAAGAAGAUUCUGGAGGCUGAGAGGGCGGCGAGCACGGAGAAGCUCACAGACACUAUCAUGAAAGAGCGAAUGAAGACGGAAGAUGAGAAGGUCAUGGUGCAGCUUUAUUGGAUGGAGCUGAAGGCUCAUCAGCUGGAGGAGAAGGAGAAAGAGCUGAAGAAACGAGACACUCUCUACAAGGAACAUCUUGCAAAACUCGAUACAAAGUGUGCAGAGUUUUACAAAGUCUCUGUCGAGAGCUUCCGGAAGGGCAAAGAAGAGACUCUCAGCCGUUUUACUCGUUUUAACACCCACCCAGUGUGUGGAGACUUGCAGAGUCAGAUAUUAAAAUGCUACAAGGAGAACACGGGAAAGACUCUGUGCUGCUCGCGCAUUGCCGCUGCCUACAUGCAGUGUGUGGACGAAGCCAAGAAAAAUAAGAUGAGAACAGGCGGUUAAUGUGGACCGCAUCCUGGCAGACUACUGCAGCCUUUCUAUGUACCCAAAGAAGUGCCAGACGCAUGCAGACGUUAACUAAAAGGACACUUUAGUCUGCUGCUCAUCAUGGGAUCAAAGCAAUUAUAUUGAUGCAACGG